CCAGCAAUCUGUCACUCCCACUGCCAUCAUGCUGGCCUCAGGGCUCCUCCUGGUGGCUUUGCUCACCUGCCUGACAAUAAUGGUCUUGAUGUCUGCCUGGAGACAGAGGAAGCUCUGGGGGAAGCUCCCUCCAGGACCCACCCCAUUGCCCUUCAUCGGGAAUUACCUGCAGCUGAACACACAGCAAAUGUACAACUCUCUCAUGAAGAUCAGCGAGCGCUAUGGCCCCGUGUUCACGGUCCACCUGGGGCCGCGGCGCAUUGUGGUGCUGUGUGGACACGAGGCCGUGAAGGAGGCGCUGGUGGACCAGGCUGAGGAAUUUGGCGGGCGAGGAGAGCAGGCCACCUUCGACUGGCUCUUCAAAGGCUAUGGUGUGGCGUUCAGCAAUGGCGAGCGAGCCAAGCAGCUCCGGCGCUUCUCCAUCACCACGCUGCGGGACUUUGGUGUGGGCAAGCGCGGCAUCGAGGAGCGCAUCCAGGAGGAAGUGGGCUUCCUCAUCGAGGCCCUCCGGGGCACGCAUGGUGCCUUCAUCGAUCCCACCUUCUUCCUGAGCCGGACAGCGUCCAAUGUCAUCAGCUCCAUUGUCUUUGGGGACCGCUUUGACUAUGAGAACAAAGAGUUCCUGUCACUGCUGCGUAUGAUGCUGGGAAGCUUCCAGUUCACAGCUACAUCUAUGGGUCAGCUCUAUGAGAUGUUUUAUUCAGUGAUGAAACACCUUCCAGGACCACAGCAACAGGCAUUUAAGGAUCUGAAAGGUCUGGAGGACUUCAUAGCCAAGAAGGUGGAGCAGAACCAACGCACGCUAGAUCCCAACUCCCCGCGGGACUUCAUCGACUCCUUCCUCAUCCGCAUGCAGGAGGAGCAGAACAACCCCAACACAGAGUUCUACUUGAAGAACCUGGUGCUGACCACACUGAACCUCUUCUUUGCGGGCACUGAGACAGUCAGCACGACCCUGCGGUAUGGCUUCCUGCUGCUCAUGAAGCACCCAGAUGUGGAGGCCAAAAUCCACGAGGAGAUUGACCAGGUGAUUGGCAAGAACCGGCAGCCCAAGUUUGAGGACAGGGCCAAGAUGCCCUACACAGAGGCGGUGAUCCAUGAGAUCCAAAGAUUUGGAGAUAUGAUCCCCAUGGGAUUGGCCCGUAGAGUCACCAAGGACACCAAGUUUCGGGAGUUCUUCCUCCCCAAGGGCACUGAAGUGUUCCCUAUGCUGGGCUCUGUGCUGAGAGACCCCAAGUUCUUUUCCCACCCCCGAGACUUCCACCCCCAGCACUUCCUGGAUGAGAAGGGCCAGUUUAAGAAGAGUGAUGCUUUUGUGCCCUUCUCCAUCGGAAAGCGGUACUGUUUCGGAGAAGGUCUGGCUAGAAUGGAGCUCUUUCUCUUCCUCACCACCAUCUUGCAGAACUUCUGCCUCAAGUCCCCUCAGCUGCCCCAAGACAUUGACGUGUCCCCCAAACUUGUGGGCUUUGCCACUAUCCCACGAAAUUACACCAUGAGCUUCCAGCCCCGCUGAACAAGGGCUGUGCUGGGGGAUCCGGGGAGGGCUGCGGGAGGAGUGGGCGGGGCAGAGGCGGGGCUACCAGGAAGGCGGGUUAGUGGAGGGCGGAGCUAGCAAGAGGGAGGUGACUUUGGGAAAUCUGAGGGGCAAGGUGACAGGAGAUGAAGAGGAAAGGAAUGGACUGUGUUCACCUUGCUAGAGAUAGAUGCUUCAGAGGUGGGAUAAGAGGAAGGGAAACCUUACACCCUACUGUUAAUAAUAAUAAUAAUAGUAACACCUAUUAUUUGUUGAA